UCCUGUCUGCCAGAUCCAGGCGCACACUGGAGGAAUGUCCGGCACAGUCCGCCGUGCCUUCUGUUUUAGGGGAUUUCUGUCCUUCAGGAUGAUGGUAGCUCCCUCCUGGACUCGAUAAAGUCCUCUGGAGAGACAUGUCCCAGCAGCAGCGGCUCGUCCAGCUCUCCGGAGCCUCCCUCGCCGUGGUCUUCUGCCCGGACGAGGAGAGUUUACGCGCGGGCGAUGGGAAGCCCGGCUGCGCUCCGGCGGCCCGCGGCCAGGAGAUUUUCGCGGACUUCAAGGCGCAGAACUCGCGCAGCUUCUGGAACAAGCGGCUCGUGAAGGCCGUGGCUGAGGUGCACUUCCAGGGAUGGAUGGAAAACUUGGUGCUUUUCAUUCAGGGGAGCGCAAACAGCCUGGAGGUGCUGAGGGAAGCGUGGAUGCGCAGGGCUCUGAGGUCUCCGAAGGGAUUCGUUAUUAAAGCUGUGGGUGAUCUGUCCCCGGUGCAGAUGUCCCCGGUUCCUCAGUCCCAGUUUAUACCCCUAGCCGAGGUGCUGUGCUCGGUCAUCUCCGAAAUGAACGCGGCCCAGAUCACCGUCACCCAGGAGGCACUGAUCAAUUACAUGAGCAAAGCCCAUCCAGGUAUUACCAUCCCCACUCAGGACAUCCUCUACAACGCUCUCGGUACUCUGAUCAAAGAGCGCAAGAUUUACCAUACAGGCGAGGGGUAUUUCAUUGUUACCCCUCAGACUUAUUUCAUUACAAACAACCUGGUUAGAGAGAAGAACUGGUGGACUUCUGAUUCAACAGAUGAUCCUCCUUUGUCUCCUCCCAUUACUUACCUUCUGAGUAAUGAAAUCUGUGCUGAGAACUCUCAGGCUCUCCCUGUGGCCCACUGCAAGUCAUGUAGCUGUUUUAGUCCUAACCUAAAUCCCUCUAAUACCACAACCGAAAUGGCCACUGUCCCUUCGUCCACUGUCCCUGACCAGCAUUCUGUCUCUGUGUCCAUAAGUGAGUGCACAGGCAAAAGCCUCAAGUGGCCCCGGCCAUCAGAUCACAAGCCCACGGUGCAGCAUCAGUCCACCUCCACCGCAGCAGACUGUCAGGCGAGCGAGAUCAGCAAAACAACCGCUACUACUAACGCCACAGGCCGGAAAGAAAAAGACAACAAACCCGGAAGGAAGUUCGGUCUCAGCUUGUUCAGGAGAAAUGGAGGUAAAAAGGAAAAGCCGAAGAAGGAGUACGCAUCAUUUUCAGGUCAGUUUCCUCCUGAGGAGUGGCCUGUAAGAGACGAGGAUGACUUAAACAACUUGCCUCGUGACCUGGAGCACGCCAUUAUCAAACGCAUCAACCCUGAACUGACUGUGGACAACCUGACACGGCACACGGUUCUAAUGAAGAAGCUGGAAGAGAGGAGGGAAAGGGGGGUCGACAGGGCGUUUGAUAGGGGUCUGGAUAAAGAUGAUAAGGGAGUCGACAAGGGAAUGUCAACUGACGCCCUAACAUUCUCAAAACACAGGCAUCACCAUUUGUCUAAAGGAGGGGGAGGAGGGAAAAAAUCCUUUCAGAAGACUUCUCGCAUCAAGAGAAGGGUUCACUCAUCAAGAGGGAAGCAAAGGGAAAGGGAGAAGGAAAGGGAGAAGAGUAAGGCCCCCAUAUGUGCAGACGUUUCCCCAGAUGGGGAGGAUUUGAUUCCAACUCGACUCAAAGUUGAAAUCCUUCUUGAUGAAGCAGACCAAAUGGAGGAGGGUGGAACUGUCGAGGGAAAAUGUCUUUAUAAGAAACGCAUCGAUAAUCCUUUCCAGACUCAUCCAAUCAAAGAGGCGGAAAACAUCAUUUCUACCAGCAGAGAGCACAGAAGACAAGAGGUGAAGGAAGGAAAGGUCACUGGGUCAGGGAGAAAGGAACGAACCAGUCACAGGUCCAAAUCUUGGGACCCACAUCGGGCAAAACUGAUGACAGCAGAUGUCGAGAACGCACUAAAAGUCCCCGUGUCUGAAGGCAGAUACGACUGUGUCCAAGAGGACAACAAGCUCAACAAAGAGCUGUCUAUGGACUACAGCUCAGCUUACUUACAAGGUAGCACGCUCCGAAUGGAUGACAAAGUUCGACAUCAGGGUGAAGAAAAUGGCAACGUGAAUUGGGAGAGAAAAAGCAAAAAUGGGAACAUACAGGAGUACAAAAAUGUACCAGACCAAAAUCAAAUCAAUGAUGCUGGCCCUGCUAUCCAGCAAUACUCCAGUAGGAUUGGUGUUUCCUCUGCUCAUCCUUAUGAGCACAUCAUAAAUCACUCCUAUGACCCAAAUCCUCCAUGGCCCAAGCCCUCUUUACAGCGCAAACAUUCUCUCAGACUCCUCAAUCAACAUGAGCUUGAUGAGACUACACCUACCAAUGACCAACAGGAAAUUAGAGCAAUCAGUAACCCUAGCCUUGAAGAACGGCCACAACUGACUCCUGAAAACAUGCCCUCAAUAACGAGCAGUGAAGGUUUUAUAGAAGAUGACUAUAAUCUCUAUCAGAGACCAACAGAGCUGGACGAUGAUGCCUGUAGCUCUUUGUAUCUGCAUAGUGAUGAGAUUGCUGAUGAUGCAAAUGAUUACCAAACUGGUGUAGCAAACAAUCACACUCACCAAAUGGUUAGGUAUGAAUCUAUGAAUACGCAACAAUUGGGACUUCACAGUCACUAUUAUAAAGCCACCUUUCAGCAGUCUGAAGUUGCCUUCGUGCAAAACUCAUUGGACAGUGAUUCAAAGGAUCCGUUUCCCCCUACAUCUGUGAGGGAGGCUUCCCUCAACUCCACAAGACCAGAGGUUAUCUGGAGACGGCAUCGCCUAAGAACUAGUAAACCACCAGCCACACAAAGUGAACCAAGCAGUGUGAGGACUUCAUUGAUCCAGGGGGACAAACAGCAUGAUUCUGUCCAAGAUGUAGAUGCUUCUGGGGCAUGCGAAGCUGCAGACAGCAGCAUCUUUGACUACUGCCAGGCUAGUGAGGUUGAAUCGGACUCUGAGACUGUCCGCAAGUCGGCUGACGAAGGCGACGGUGAAAGUGCGCACUGGGCUGCCGAUGCAGGACAGGAGGAUGAGUUUGAUGAAAAGGCUCUCCCUCAGGGCCACAAGUCCGUUCAGAAAGUAACCAGUGGAGCCAGAAAAGCAGAAGAGACUGUAGAAAACCGGAGCAUCACAGGAGACAGUGGGAUAGAUUCCCCUCGGACCCGUGUCAGUCUUGCUUCCAGCAACACUGUCAUCCUUGAAGGUCUCAAGAGAAGGGGCUUUUUGCAAAACCUGGAGAAACUGCAUUCGAAGAGCAGCACCAUUCGACCUCAGAGCUCACUGCUACAGCUGACGCCUGUGAUGAACGUAUAACGGGUCCCCGCUGGAAUGGUUCACACAUCUGAUCAGUGGAAAGAAAAAAAAACAAAAAACGUGCUUGAAUCUAGUUUGGUGCCUAUCCCAGCAUACAACUUCAAUCUGUGUAAAUAUGUACAGAGAAAAUGUAUCUUUGUAAAUGAAUUUUUUAAGUACUCAGCUAGAUUUACCUUCAUAUACUUGUGUAUAAAUGCAAGUGUUCUCCGUUAAUAUGCCUAAAAGAUUAAAGUAC